AUGUGCCCAUUAAUUGGAUUUCGUAAAAGUGGCAUUGAUGUUUGUCUUGCAAUUGGAAAUGCAAAUAUUGACAAAGCAGAGAUUUUGUUGAAGCUUCCUGAUAUUUUGAAAUCUGAUAAUCUUGGGAAUGUUCACGUAAUCCUCUUGAAGGGUAAAUUGGUCUGUUUAGGCAUUGACUCAAGCCAGGUUCCCAUAGUGAGGCUUAUGGAUCUUACUACUGGAAUCCGUUGUGAUAUUUGUGUAAACAACUUGCUUGCUGCUAUAAAUACAAAGCUUCUACGUGACUACUCAAAGAUAGAUGUAAUAUUUAGACAAUUGCUGAAACAUCCCAAAAACACAGUCUAAAAAUUUCGUUUUUAAUUCAUUGUGAAAACCAUAAUAUCCAAUCU